AUGAGUGACCAAUUAGACUUAAUAAUUGGUCAAUUACAAGAAGAAGUUGAACAAUUUACGGCGGAUCUUGCACGUGAUGAUUCAGAAAGCAAUAAAAUAACGGAAAAGAAUACUGAUUUAGACAUUGAAUAUUUUCAAGAAGAACUUUCUAAAAUUAGUUUAUCUUUAAAAUUAAAACGUUCUCCCACAAAUCAAUCUACAAUAUCCACCACAAAUAAAUCCUCAGCAACAGCUGAAACGACAUUACCACCACAACGACAAUCACUGAAUCAUAAUAACAAUUCUGUCUCGUUUUCAAAAUAUAAUUAUCGAAUCCCUUCUGCUAUUAAAAAUAAUAAUCCAAAUUAUAAUUCAAAUUAUAAUCCAAAUAAUAAUACAAAUAAUAAUCCAAAUUAUAAUUCAAAUUACAAUCCAAAUAAUAAUACAAAUAAUAAUCCAAAUCAUAGUCCAAAUAAUAAUCCAAAUUAUAAUCCAAAUAAUAAUCCAAAUAAUUAUAAUAAUUCAGUUGAUAAUUUAUCUUAUGAAAGAAUGGAAAAAAUGCGUUCAGCGCAUACGGGUAUCGUGAAAACCAUAAAAUCAUCAAAAUCUACUUCCAAUUUAAGAUCCUCAAAAUCUACUUCAAAUCUUAAUUUGAUUCGAACUAAAUUAAGAAGUCCAAAUGCGUUUUCUCCUACCUCUAGUAAUAAUUCGCCUUCCACUCCUUUCACCACAGGUUCAUUAUUAUAUCAAGAAUCACCAAAAACUAAACAUCGAAUUCCAACGAGUCAUGGAUAUGGAAAAGACCGAAGAAAUGUUGAUCGUUCACAAGUGAAUAAUAUAAAAUCUCGUGAAAAAUCAAUUAAACAAAAAGGUGAUACAAAUAAGGACACUGCAAAUACCCCUAUUACUAAGUCGGGAAGAAUGCGUGGUGAAAGAAAUAAAGAUGUUAUUGAUAGUGAUGACGAUCGACCUCUUGCCCUUUCUAGUUCACCACCACCCGAAAUUCAUAGAGAAAAUAGUUAUAGUAAUCGACAUCGAGAUAUUGAAAGAGUACCACGUGAAAAAGAAUUAGAAAAUGAAAGAAUAGGAAGAGGAAGAGGAAGUUUAAAAUAUCAAGAAUCAGAUGAUACCCCAGAAUUAGUUCCUGAAAGGAAAUCAUCACGUAGGGUGAGAGACAAAAAGAUUCCAGAGGAAAAUAGGCCGUCACGGGAAAAAGCACGAGAGGACAGAAAACUUAAAGAGAGAAAUAAUCCUGAUGAUAAUAAAUCUAAAGAUAAAAAUAUAAUGGAAGAUAAUAAAUCAAAAGAAAGAAUUCCUCCGGAAGAAAAAUCAUCAAAAGAAAGUUCAGAAGAAAAAAUAAUAAAAGAAAGAGAUAAAGAAUAUGAAAAGCUAAUAAUGGAAAAAGAAAAUAAUAAUGUUUCACGAGAAAAUGAGGAAGAACGAGGGAGAGGUAGGAGUCAAAAUGUUUCGCGAGAAAAUGAGGAAGAACGAGGGAGAGGUAGAAGUCAAAAUGCUAAAGAACGAGAUCAUAGUAGAGGCCGAAGUAAAUCAUUAACUCGUGGAAAAUCGAGGACUCGAGAAAGGGAACACGAAGAUAAAACUAAAUCUAAUAAAGAAUUUGAAUUAUUAAUGGGAAAUACUACAUUAGUUAGACGUGAAACGACAAAACAACCUGAACCACCAAUUUCUGAAGUUAUGACCAUAACUGAUGCAGAUGCUUGGACAUUAUUCGAAAUUAUUCCUGAUUUGGCAUUGGAACGUCCAUUAAGAGAUUGGGAAUUGGUAUCAAAAGUAAUUGGGACAUGGGAAUUAGAUAAAAAAAAUACUUUAUUAUUGAAGAAAUUUGCUUACAGAAAUACUCUUACACUGAAGAACUUUAAUGACAUUGUUCCUGCUAUGUACGGUGUUUUACAUCUUCUUGAAACAAAGAAAAACAAAUGGCAAAAACGUUGGUUCCAUAUAAAAGAUGGAUCUUUAUAUCAUAGUAAAGAUUUAAAAGGAAAGGAUGAUACACUCCUUUGUUCACUUGCAAAUUUUGAUAUUUAUACAGUUACAAAACCCAUUAAAAAAUGUCCGACCAAAUUUCAAUUUGCUGUAAAAUCUCAAAACAAAGUUACUAUGUUUGUAAAUGAAAAUGAUUAUGUUCGAUUCUUGAGUGCUGAAAGUUUAGAUAAAAUGAAUGAGUGGGUUUCAUGUAUUAGAAUAGCAAAAAAUCUUAUAAUGCGUCAAGAAAGACCAGAAUUAUUUAUUGGAAUACCUGAAAAGAAUGACAAGCCAGUAACAAUUAAUCUUAAUGCACCAUUAACUAAUGUCUUACCUGUAGCUGUUUCAGAUACUUCAUCUUUGUUGACUGAAAUAACAUUUGAAUUGGCGGCUCUUUCCACUAGUGAAGGUCCAGGAAUCGAUAAAACACAAGAAAGCGGUCAUGCACAUAGUAAAUCGUUAGGAUUAGGAUUUGGAGACUCUUUUGGUGAUUUAGUGCUACCUUCAUCACCUUUACCAAAUAAUAAUAACAAAGAAUCAUCUGGUCCAUUUAAAGGUGGUUCUUUAUUAGAUAAGAGUCCACCUAUAAAACCAAUUGAAGUUGAGACUGAAAUAUUUGCUAAAGGUUCAUUGUUGGCAUCAAACGAAGUUUUAUUUGAACAAGCCAAAGAACGAGAAAAAAUUCGUAGAGCCAUGAAUGGAUUUGGAAUUAUAAAAGAUCCAAAUUCUGCAACAUUAGUACAAAUUGAUAAUUCAGAAUUAUUUCACAAAGGUUCCUUACUUAAUAAGAAUCGGGAAAUAAUUGAAAAUAAUAAUUUACAAACUCAAGGUCACCUAAUUCAAAUGGAUGAAGGAGUUCGUUUUCAUAAAGGUUCAUUAUUAGCGAAAAGUAAUGAAUCCUUAGAUUACGAAGGAAAUGAUAAAAGAUUAAAUAAAAAAUCACCGGGGGGACCACUAUUAUCAAUUGAUACACCACCAAUAAUAAAUAAUUCGCGUAAUACUUCGCCACGACUUUUAUCACCCGUUGCUGGUAAUGGAAGAACUUUAGUUGAUAUCAAUAUGAAAACGGAUGCUCAACAUACGAUGGAAUUAAGAAAUGCAAAUUAUCAACCAUUAUUAAGUUUUUUACCAUCGGAAAGAACGGAAAAUGAAAAUGACAAUUAA